AUGUUUAUCUUAACGGUUAUUAGUGUACACUUUCAAAAUACAAUCGGUUUUACAGAAGUAGAUGAUUAUGAUACAUGGCAAAGAUAUCCAAAUUAUGAUUAUCAAAUGGCUUAUGCAAGAAGAUAUCCAGAUUAUCAUAAACGUGGAUUACGUAAUAUGCGUAUGGGUAAACGAUCAAUUUAUGAACAUAUGAAAUCUAUACCAACUGAUUAG